AUGAGACUGCCAGAGCUGGAUGAGAUCAUCGACGACCCCGUGUUGACAGGCCGUGUCAGGCGCUUGGAUGCUGCAAGAGACACUGUCAAACAGAGUAGACCGCUUCUGCUUUCAGAAGUUAAAUUCAUUGAGGAGUUCCUGGUAUCCGACUUGAAUAUUUUUGACAGGUACAUUGCAGGAUGCAUUUUAUUUGCCAUUUACAGCAGGUCGAGAUGGUCAGAUCUGGCGUUCCUCAGUGAUUUGACCCUUGAUACAACAGAGACGGAACUGGGACUUGUGGGUUUUGUGGAAGGUUCAACAAGGUUUCAGAAGACAAGUACGACAGCUUUGAAACGGGCUAUGCAGAUGCCACUGGUUGCACCCAUACGAGGGGUGACAGAAAGGUUGUGGGCUGUCGAGUGGUUUGACAUUCUCAAGCAAGUUCAGUUCAACUUGACUGCAAAACCCAUAGGCGCCGUAUGCAGGCCACCGACCAAUGGCAUGCUUGGUACCAGGCAUCUAUCUUCAGAAGAGAUGGGAGAUUUUCUCAAUCAUGUUCUGGGGCUUACAGGUGAAAGAGUUGUGACGAGUCAUUGCAUGAAGACCACAACACUCACUUGGUGUGCAAAAUAUGGAUUGGAGGAACCAGCAAGGACACUGCUGGGCCAUCAUGAGUUGCAGUCUCAUGAAGCAGACCAUGUUCUUGGUGUGGUCGAUUUGACUGAAAGCAGUUGGUCGCUGGUUGGCAGCCCUGUCAGUGAACAAGACGCUCGACAGGAGAGUCCGGCCAGAGCCUCAUCUGAUGAUUCCAGCAGCAGCUCAUCAAGUUCCUCUGCACAGGAAGAGCCACUGCAACAGAAGUAUGCUUUGGAUGGUGAAGUGAAAGAUUGCAAUGAGCCAGUGUAUCAGCACAAGCAGAGUCGAGUGCUGCACAGACCCAACAAAGUUGCAGGGUCCCUUGCGUGCGGCCGUAGACGUGCUGGGCUCAAUGAACAAUGGGUCGAAGCCUUUGGACGAAACAACUUGAACAGACUUGGAAGACUUGCAUAUGCAGUAACUACUCCUGGUGUUGCGCCUUCAACGGAACAAGUGACAGAUCUGAUGAAUCAGUUGCGCUUUGGUGUUGGCCCUACUCUUAGUGAGAUUGCAGCAGUGAAGCGUGUGAUUUUCGUGAUUUGCCUUGACCUUCAGAAACCUGAAGUGCAAGAAAUGGUCAUGCAGUGGGCGUCGGAUCCCAAGUGCGUAUGGGUUCACUUUGGGGUACCAUGCGGCACCGUGGCAAUGGCUGGGCAUCCACAACAUCUGGUUUUGGGUAUGUCUGAGGCCGUGCAGACUGCAGUUGAUGCCAAUGUUCAAUUGUCAUACCAUGACAUCGUCAUCCACAGGUGCAGAUGGUUUGGUAAAUAUUUGCCGCUUGCAAAAUCCUUGAGAGACGAAGAAAACGAAGUAUUAUCAGCGAUGCCUACGCCAAUGCGGGCCAUUAUGUCUACAAAACGCAUCGCGCUACUGGAUAAGAUCUUGCGGGAUGAAUCCUACCCGGAUAUGGGCCUUGUGGAUGACCUCAAGAGAGGCUUUGACCUUGUUGGCGAGUUGCCUGAGUCAGGUGGAGUCCUGCCUCAGAAGUUUGUACCAGCUACCAUGGCAGUAGCUGAGUUGAGUUCGAACGCGGCCAGAGCUCGUUUUGCUUUGAAGGGGUCCAAUGCUUCCAGCGGAGAUCCUGACCUUGACACAAAACUUUAUCAGAAGACACUGGAUGAGGUGGACAAGGGCUGGUUACGUGGACCUUUGGAAUGGGCUGACUUGGAAAGCAAUGCAGUUGUCUCAAAGAGAUUUGGCUUACAGCAAGGCGAGAAGUUGCGGCCUAUAGAUGACUACAGUAUGAGCUCAGUGAAUGCGACAGUCACUGCAAAGGAUCAGGCUACAGCUGACAAUGUGGAUGUGAUUUGUGCAAUGCUACUGCAGUUAAUGGCAGGCUUGAGAGAGCGUGGCAAGAGCACUGUGCUGCGGGCAAGAUCCUUUGAUCUAGCAGCAGCCUACCGUCAGCUUUGUGUCGCACCGACAUCCAAACCUUUCUCAUACAUAUGUGUUUACAACCCACACAAAAAGACCAACGAAGUCUUUGCUCAAGUGUGUCUGCCUUUUGGCUCCAAAGCGGCAGUGAACGCUUUCAUUC